AUGAAAUUAGGAUAUAAUGAAAUAAUGAUAACAUCAAUGUAUUUUGGUGAUAUUAAAGAUUUUAUUAAUUUAGAAAUAGGAAUUAAAAGAUUUCAAGGAAAUAUGGAACGAUUUCAUUUUAAUCCAAUUCCUUUAAAUGAACACUCAAGAAAGUUGUUUCCUAAUAUUGAAACAUUUCAUAUUUAUAAUGAAAAAGAUGAAGAAUUUGAUGAUAGAAGAAUAUUUAAACAAGUAAUAUGGUAUGAUAUUAGUUAUUCACAGUACUUAAAAGAGAAAGAAGAAGGAAAUGAAUGUAAACAUAUAAAAUACACAGAAUGUGAUAGAGAAAAAUAUGGAUGUCCAAUACCAAAGAAUGUAAGUAUUAUUGGAGAGAAUUGUUUUAAAGAUUGUUAUGAUUUGACAACACUUAAUAUCCCAACAACAAUCACCAAAUUAGGAAACAAAUGUUUUGACCAAUUUUGGUCACUUGCAUCAAUUACUAUAGCAACAACAAUAAAAGAAUUAUGGGAGAGUUGUUUUGAUGAUUGUUAUUCAUUAACAAAUAUUUCUAAUGAAAAUUUAAUGUUUGUUAGUAAAGAAAGGAUAUUUAUGAAUGAAGCAAUAUUGAUGAGCAUUAAAACACCAAAAAACUUACAAACAAUAAAUGGAAAAAGAGUUAAAAUGAAAAACAUUAAUCAAUUUAAUAUUCCAUCAUCAAUACAUAAAUUAGCAAAUAAUUGUUUCAAAGAAUGCACCUCAUUAACAACAAUUAUUAUCCCAACUACAAUUAAUGAAUUAGGAAAGAAUUGUUUUGCUGGUUGUUCUUCAUUAAAAGAAAUUGUUAUACCGACUACAAUCAAUGAAUUACCUGAUUAUUGUUUUUAUAAAUGUAAGUCAUUAAGUGAUAUUACCAUUCCAUCAACUAUUACUUCAUUUGGAAAAUACUGUUUUUAUGGAUGUGUGUCAAUGAUGAAUGAUAACUUAUCAACAAAGAUUAAAGAAAUAGGAGAUUAUUGUUUUAGUUGUUGUAUAUCAUUAACAAGAAUUACUAUACCAACUACAAUGAAAGAAAUACCAAUGUAUUGUUUUGAUGGAUGUAAGUCAUUACUUAAUGUCACCAUUCCUUCAUCAAUUAGUAAAUUAUGUGAUGGUUGUUUUAAAAAAUGUUCAUCACUAACAUCUGUUACUAUUCCUUCAUCAAUCUUAUCAUUUGGAAAGAAUUGUUUUUAUGAAUGUAUUUGUGCAGAUAUGUUAAAAGAAAAUGGUGCUGUACCAGAAGAGUGUUUUAAAAGAAUUGAUGAUGUUUAUUUUGAUAUAUUCUAA